ACAUAAUUAUGCACAUAAGAUAAGCAUAUAUGCUUUUAAUUAUAAGUAAAAGCUUCCAUGGUUCCGCCGGAGAGCCUCAAUCCUUAAUUCCGCGUCUUCUCCGCGGCCGCCACAACGACAACGUCUAUCGCUACACGCUCUCCAACUCGUCCCCAUGGUGCACUCUACAGCUGUCAUGCCAUCAUGGUCUCCAGUUCUCCCAGCUUGACCGUGCCUUUAACCCAAUCCACCGCGCAGGUCCUGAAAUUUCGAUGCUUGUUCACGCAUGAUCUCCGUCGCAAGGCCAAACGCUGGCAAGAUGGCUUCGUUCGCUACCACACCUUCAACAAACGUGUUAUGGUCUUCGAUGACCAGGGAAAUUUCGUCGGUGAUCUACAUUGGCGACAGGAGGAGAUGAUUCAGGAUGGGGACGAGUUGGGGUUGGACGGAGGCGUGUUGAUUCAGGUCGGGGAAUCCAUGGAAAAAACUGAGACGGAUCUGUCGCCCUUGUUUGAGAGGAGGAAGGCCAGUCAGACUUCUCCGUCGCAGCCGUCGCGGUCACAAACGAGGAACUUUCCAGUGCGAUCGUCGCAGCCAUCCUCGCAGUCAUCGCGGUCUUUGAACGAUCUUCUGGGGAUUAGGCGGACUCCGAUUGAACGGUUCAGAGCGCCGUCCGAACGUCCCCCACCACAGUUGGUUGAAAUACCAGAGACCAGGCCCGCGAAACGACAAAGAACAGUUCCUUCGCAUCCUCCACAGCGCCCGCCUGUGAUCGAUCUGUCUGAACCGUCCUCCGCCCGGGCGCCGGCCAAAGAACCGACUCCACGACCUAGACGCGCACAACCUCUGUAUCCACCGUCUGCAGCUCCCAAUCGACCUACACCUACCCCACCAAUUACACAAGCACGGACGAUAAAAGUACCAGAAGAACCACAACCGCCAGCCCCUGUUCGACCUAUUCCUGCUCCAACCACAGUACAACCUCGAAAGAAUCCUCCACCGCCUCCCGCUCGACCUAUACCUACACCGACCCCGACCCAAGGUACCAGAGAAAACCCAGAGCAGAUACCACAAAAGCUAUCUGAAAAUGCACAACCCUCCAUGCACUCCUCGUUCUCCAGCAGUUCGUCAUCAACUCCCCGGAAUACGCUCCAGCUGUCUAGGGAAAAGCCGCGUAGAAAGUUAGUGUACCGUGCGCUGUUACCCAGUCAAACCAACGUGUCGGAAAUGGGAUCGAACAGAGCAAGCCCUCUGUCGGAGCAAAGAGAGCCACAGGAGGCACUGAAACCCGUGGCUCCGGAUCCCGUCUCCACUGAUGUGCAAAUGACAUCGGACGAUUCCACUCUUGACGUUCUGGC